CCUUUAAGGUUGGAAAAGGGAGGGGGAAGAGCACCCUAGAAAUUGCACGUUCUCAAUCUUGUGACUGUCUAGUUUCACUUUGCAUGCUUGCUGGUGGCGUCUCAAGCCUUGUUCCUGAGAGAGAGAACUUAAUGAAGAAAAGAGAUAUUCUUUUAUUGCAUCUCCAUGGUACCCAGCAGCAAGGUGGACUCCAGUUCCCAGAAUGCUACAGACAAGCCUGAUGCCAGGAGCAGUAGCCAAUGAGGCACAAGCUGGGAGGGGAGCAGGAGCAGAUGCAGUGCCUUUCUCUGUCCAUUCUCCUUCGAGUAGCAGAGCUCGGUGCUAGAGCUGAGCGAUGGAGCAUCUGCUCAGCCCUGUCCGUGCCGCCUGGUUUUGAGCUCGAGGCCCUGCCCAGACUCUCGCCCACUGCCCAUUUCCCUGGUGUAAAUCCCCAUCAAUGAGGUUCUUUCGUCUCACCUUCAAGUGCUUUGUGGAUUGCUUCUGAGCCUGCACCCCGAUCCCCUCCCAGACCCGGAGCCAGCUUCCCGACCCAACACCCGUCUCAGUCUUCUGCCACGGAGCCCUAUCGCCAGCCCAGUGCCAUGGCUCCAGUGCCCACCGAGACAUGUUCAGAGGGCAGUGGGUGCUCGGAGGUGGCUGAGGCAGAGAGUGCCGAGCCGAUGGGUGGCCCAGGGGAGCCCACCCCUGAGGAGAGAGCCAUCACCACCCCUCUGGUGGUACCCAUGGGCCCUGGAAAGCUGCCCGUUCCUGAACGGGAGACCUGGACCCGGCAGAUGGAUUUCAUCAUGUCUUGUGUUGGCUUUGCUGUAGGGCUGGGCAACGUCUGGCGUUUCCCAUACCUCUGCUACAAGAAUGGAGGAGGUGUCUUCCUGAUUCCUUAUCUACUCAUCGUCUUUGUUGGGGGGAUCCCCGUCUUCUUCCUGGAGGUGGCCCUGGGGCAGUUCAUGAAGCAAGGUGGGAUCGCCGCCUGGAACAUUGCUCCCCUCUUCAAAGGUCUGGGCCUGGCCUCCAUGGUCAUUGUCUUCUUCUGCAAUUCCUACUACAUCAUGAUCCUAGUCUGGGGUCUCUUCUACUUGGUGCACUCUCUGACGGAGACCCUGCCGUGGGCCACCUGCGGCCAUUCAUGGAACACUCCACAAUGCACGGAGCUCUUUGACCUGGGCGUCUGUGGCAACAGCACCAAUAGCACCGCCCGAAACUGCAGCAACAUGGCCGACAAGCGCUCCCCCGUCAUUGAGUUCUGGGAGAACAAGGUGCUACGGAUUUCAGGGGAUCUGGCUGAACCAGGAGAGCUUAGCUGGCAGCUGAUCCUCUGCCUGAUCACAACUUGGGUCACUGUCUACUUCUGCAUCUGGAAGGGGGUCAAGUCCACUGGGAAGGUGGUGUAUUUCACCGCUCUCUUCCCUUAUGUUGUUCUUAUCCUGCUACUCUUACACGGAGUGACUUUGCCUGGGGCGCUUGAUGGCAUCAUCUACUACUUGAAACCGGACUGGUCCAAACUUGCUGUGGCUCAGGUAUGGAUUGAUGCUGGUACCCAGAUCUUCUUCUCAUAUGCUAUCGGGCUGGGAGCCCUGACCGCCCUUGGCAGCUACAACCGCUUCCACAACAACUGCUACAGGGAUGCCUACAUCUUGGCUGUGAUCAACAGUUCAACGAGCUUCUUUGCCGGCUUUGUGGUGUUUUCAGUAUUGGGCUUCAUGGCCUCAGAACAGGGUGUGGACAUCUCCCAUGUGGCUGAAUCAGGUCCAGGUCUGGCCUUCAUUGCCUACCCCAAAGCUGUGACACUGAUGCCACUCUCCCCACUCUGGGCGACACUCUUUUUCUUCAUGCUUCUUGUCCUGGGGCUGGACAGCCAGUUUGUGGGAGUGGAGGGUUUCAUCACCGGGAUCCUGGACCUGUUCCCACAGCCAGCAGCAGGCUCCCCACGCAGAGAGGUCACUGCUGCCAUCUGCUGCCUCGUCUGCUGUAUCAUCGACCUCUCCAUGGUGACUCAGGGUGGCAUGUACGUCUUCCAACUCUUUGACAACUACUCAGCUAGUGGAAUCACUCUUUUGUGGCAGGCUUUCUGGGAGUGUGUGGUGAUUGCAUGGGUCUACGGAGCUGACCGCUUCAUGGAUGACAUCGCCCACAUGAUUGGCUACCGUCCUCUGCCCUAUAUGAAAUGGUGCUGGGCAGUCAUUACUCCAGCAGUGUGUGUGGGCAUCUUCCUGUUCCAUGUGGUAAAUUACCAGCCAUUGACUUACAACAAGAACUACAUCUACCCAUGGUGGGGUGAGGCUAUUGGCUGGGCCUUGGCCCUCGCCUCCAUGCUCUGCAUUCCCUGCACCCUCACUUACAAGCUGCUGCGAAGCAAGGGCUCCCUGCAACAGCGCUGGCAAUUGCUGACCACCCCUGUGUGGGGCCACCACCAUCUGGAAUACAUGACCCCGGAAGCUGAGGCAAAGCUGCUGCCACCAGACAGUGUUGCUGCAGCCCCUCUGGAGAAGGCGACGCUUUUUGAGACUGUGAUCUAAUCUCCUUGAACCCUCCCUGUAGCACUAACACAAGACACCCAGAUCAGUCAGAGGGGAGGGCAGAGGGAGCGGGGGAAAGGGCGGAAGCCAACUGAAGGCUUAGCCCCUCACAGAGCCAGGAAACCGUGCAAAAAGAUUGAGAAAGCCCCACCCCACCCGUAGCUUGCUCUUGCAGCCUGCGCACCUCAGGAAGGCCGUCUUCAGUGAGGCACACUUGACUACCCAAGUGGAUUGAAAAGCUCCAGGUCAGACCAGGAGACUAUAUUGUAACAUGGAGGUGUGAAAAGGAGCAGUGGAAAAGAAAUCCUUACUCACUAACUCACCCCACCCAGCAAAGACCAAGCCUCUCCCCUCCGUUGAUGAGGGGGCAAUCAAUCACCUCAUUCAGCUGCUGUCAGUAUUAUCACUCAAUCCUCAGGAAAGGGCCUUCGCUCCCUCAUACCACACAGGCUGGCAACUAAAUCUCCAGCAAUAGGAGCAAUUGGGAUAGCUCUACCCCAGGCUUUGUGGGACUACUUAAUGCUUCCACCUUGUAAAAGCUCCAGCUGAUCACCCUGCACCUCCUCCAGGACACACGUCAAACUCCGGCCUGUGUGUGAAACUCAGCCUUUAGGGGAAAGAGCUCUCUGGCUAUACCUGCAGUCCUUUGCCCCCAAUCCCCAAGCUAGUUUUAGCUGGCUAAGGUGGGCUAAUGGCAUUGCACUCCUCAGGUUCCACUUCCAAAAUGGCAGAAAAUGCCAACUACAACCUAUUUCUAGUACUCUGUGGCCUAUUCUCCUCACACCUUAUUCCUCAGCUCACUCCCCAAAUCAUGCUUCAUUAACAGUUUCAGUGAGAGUUGCACCAAUGAUCCUGACCAUGUAGCAAUUGCCUUUUGUGGCCUAAGCAUCCUUUCUUGUCCUCGCCACUUUAAAUGUACCAUGCAUCCCUGCUGCCCACCCACCCCGCUCCCCCACCCUAGCGAAAGGCUUUUACCAUCCUUGUCCAUUUUCGGGCCUUGACAGUUGCUUCCUUGGAGCCAUGAUUAAGGGUGCGCCAACUCAACGUAAUCCCUGAAUUCAGGAUGAAACUCCCAAAUUUCCCUCUCAUGGAGAAAGAAAAGGGACCUCCUAGAGAGGAUAACAACUAGGCCUCUUGUGUGUCCUACCAAACAUAUGGGGAGAGGGCAGGGCUAUCACAGGAAUGGUCGGGGGGGAUUCCUUUUCCUUUCUUCAACAAGCUGGUUGUCUGCUGUCCCCAUCUCCCUUCCCAAAUAAAAUAAAACUCAUAGGGAGAUGCACUGGAGAUACAGAUUUCUUUUAAAAAUCAGCAUCUUUCUUUCUGGCAGCACUUCUGUACCUUUCACAUCUGCAAGGCAGGUGGUUAAUCAACAGGUGUAGCCUUUCUCAGCAUGCAAGUACUAAGAUGCGGCCCAGCAUGACAAGAAAUGCCAGAGGUGGGGGUUAGUUGUGUGUGUUAGUCUGUUGCAGAAAAGAAAACAGAAUCUGGUGACAUCUCUUUAAAGGUUUUUUAAAAAGUGGCCACAAAAGCUUAAAAUGCAUUUUGUUAGUCUUUAAGGUAUGCCACCAGAACUUCAUUAUUUCUGGUGAGAAAAACUACACUUGUCAAAUGUUGGUAACCCUACUUGACCAGGUGCAUUAAGCCUUUCUCGUCCUGCACACUGAUGCUCACAAUUAUGCUGCUACAUCCUCCCAUUAUAUGCAUUUGUAAUAUAUGAGUAUUUGUGCCAAAUAGGGUUGGCUAAGCCCCUCUUUUCCCUUCACGACACCAGGCUGUAAUCCCCACCACCCUCUGCACCUCCCCAGCGCCGUUAUUAUUAUUAUUAUUUUUUGCAGUUACAUACUCAAUGUGGUACAAAUCUGACCAUCUGACAAUAAAUAUGGGAGAGAUCA